GGAGGAAGCAGGCGUGUGUUGAAUUUCUCUUUGACCCUCACGGUGGAAUAAACAGGAAGCGAAGAGCACCCAGCCGAAGGGCCCUGCACUUGCCUUUGUUGUGGGCUCUGCGAUCUACUGACUGAAGGAGGGUUCCCGGGACCCCUGCCCGGUGUGCCGUCUGGGCACGGCUGGGGGCGCGCCCUGUUGAACUGAGAGAAAUCAACUCAUCAACCUUCUCUGUAUUUCUUCUAACACUUCCGGCUCUACAUUUGCAGCACCAGAGCCCGUUCUCCUGUUGGACUGUUUUUAAGGACGGACCUCAGGCUUCGCCUAGGUCAGAGCAAGAACAGAAGCAAAGCAGAGAGCAGCAGAUCAGAGAAGACUGAGAGUCCUUGGUGAGGCUGAGGUUGAGGCUGGAAGAUGUUGGCUGCUGCGAGGCUGAGGAGCCCUUCAUUUUGAGGUGGGAGAGCCUGUUUUGGCAGGACAGCUUCUCCAUUUCUGACCUCACCAUGGCUUCAACUCUCUGGCUGGAUGGUUGAUGUGACUGUGUGUCCCACAUGCUGUCGGACUGCGUGACAUCCAGGUAGUGCCUGCUGCUCACAGGGUGUGGGAGCACAGCCAGUGGGCAUCAGAUGCUCCCAAAAGCUGGACCAGCAGAGUGAUGGACUUGGACAGGCUAAGAUGGAAGUGACCUGAGGCCUCACCCAGGCAGUUUCUUCACAACAGGACAGCUUAAGAAUUGAAACACAGGCUCGUCUGGGGAGCAGUAUGCCGGAAGCUGGUUUUCAGGCCACAAAUGCGUUCACAGAGUGCAAAUUCACCUGCACCAGCGGUAAAUGCUUGUAUCUUGGUUCUCUGGUCUGUAACCAACAGAACGACUGUGGGGACAACAGUGACGAAGAGAACUGUCUCCUGGUGACUGAGCAUCCACCACCAGGCAUCUUCAACUCGGAGCUGGAAUUUGCACAGGUCCUCAUCAUUGUCGUGGUGGUGACGGUGAUGGUAGUGGUCGUUGUAUGCCUACUGAACCACUACAAAGUCUCCACACGUUCCUUCAUCAACCGCCCCAACCAGAGCCAGAGACAGGAAGACGGGCUGCAGCCGGAAGGGUCCCUGUGGCCUUCUGACAGCUCUGUACAGCGGCCAGGGGCUUCAGAGAUCAUGUGUGCCCCACGGGGUAGGGAUAGGUUUACUACCCCAUCUUUCAUCCAGCGGGAUCCGUUCAGCCGUUUCCAGCCCACCUACCCCUAUGUGCAGCACGAGAUUGACUUGCCUCCCACCAUCUCCCUGUCAGACGGGGAGGAGCCGCCUCCUUACCAAGGACCCUGCACUCUACAGCUCCGGGACCCAGAGCAGCAGAUGGAACUCAACCGCGAGUCCGUGAGGGCCCCGCCCAAUCGAACCGUUUUUGACAGUGAUUUGUUAGACAUUUCUAUGUACAACGGGGGACCAUGCCCACCAAGCAGUCACUCGGGCAUCAGCGCAGCUACCUGUAGCAGUAAUGGAAGAAUGGAGGGCCCGCCCCCGACCUACAGCGAGGUGAUGGGCCACUACCCAGGCACCUCGUUCUUCCAUCACCAGCAUAGCAACGCACACAGGGGCAGCAGACCACAGUUUCAGCCGAACAACUCAGAGGGCACAAUAGUACCCAUCAAGGGCAAAGACAGGAAGCCUGGGGACCUGGUCUGAUUCCCUCCAGAGUGCACUUUUCAAGGAGAGAGAAACCUCAGCAGGGAGAGAGAGGCCUGCAGGCCCCACUGCCCAGUGUUGUCCAGCUUUACGUGGUACAGCUGAGUAAAACCAAAUGUGCAAACACGGUCUUCGUUUCUGAUUCCUUUCACGGGAAUUGCAUGCAAACAAGACUGAAACACGAUAUAAACUUCCAUCCAGUUUGACCACAAACAGUGUUCAUCUUGGGGCAGGGUUGGAGACAGGGCUAGAGAUGGUAUGAGCUUGGCGAAGAGGUGUUUCAGAGAAAACCGAAAAGGCUGCUUUGAAGACAUCAUGAACGUAAGACCCACAGAGGUAUUUUUGACAUAUUUAAUUCCAAAAGGAGACUGUGGAUAAAUGAGGCCACAAUGGCCUGUUUUAUAAUUAACUGAAUAAAGAAGGAAGAAUUAUUAUAUAUUA